AUGGCCGUGCCUGCAAGGCGCUGGUGGCUCCUGUGUUACCAGUGGCCUGCAUGUGGGAUGUCCAGUUUCACCAGGGGCCAGCUGCUGGCCCUGCUGUGGAGCCGUUGCUAUGGAGAAAGCCUGAUGGCGUCGGACUCACCCUCUCUAAAUGAGCCGCUUUUCCCCUCAGGGCUGGAGAAUGGCACCGAGGCCCUUCCUCCUGCCUCCUGGAGGCUGGUGGAAGUUGAGAGGGAAAAUGUGCAGAAGAGGACUUUUACUCGAUGGAUAAAUCUACAUCUGGAAAAGUGUGACCCACCUCUAGAAGUUACAGACCUAUUCGUUGAUAUACAAGAUGGCAAAAUCCUAAUGGCUUUGUUAGAAGUCCUGUCUGGGCGAAACCUGCUGCAUGAAUACAAAUCCUCAUCACAUCGUAUUUUUCGGCUGAACAACAUAGCGAAAGCUCUUAAGUUUUUGGAAGAUAGCAAUGUUAAGCUGGUUAGCAUCGAUGCGGCAGAAAUAGCAGACGGCAACCCCUCUUUGGUUCUUGGCCUCAUAUGGAACAUAAUCCUCUUCUUCCAGAUUAAGGAGCUCACGGGCAACCUCAACAGAAACUCUCCAUCUUCCAGUCUGUCACCUGGCUCGGGGGGCACAGAUUCCGACUCUUCCUACCCACCUACACCCACCACCGAGAGGAACGUGGCAAUAUCAGUGAAAGACCAGAGGAAGGCCAUCAAGACCCUGUUGGCAUGGGUACAGAGAAAAACAAGGAAGUAUGGCGUGGCGGUGCAGGACUUCGCGGGCAGCUGGCGGAGCGGGCUGGCUUUCCUGGCUGUCAUCAAGGCCAUUGACCCCAGCCUGGUGGACAUGAAGCAGGCCCUGGAAGACUCCGCGCGGGAGAACCUGGAGAAGGCCUUCCGAGUCGCACACGAGGCCCUGCAUAUCCCCAGGCUCCUGGAACCAGAAGACAUCAUGGUUGACACGCCGGACGAGCAGUCGAUCGUGACUUACGUGGCCCAGUUUCUAGAACGUUUUCCGGAGCUGGAAGCUGAAGAUUUUGUGGAUCUAGAUAAAGAAGACCCCAUUGAGUCCACCUUUGUCCGCAUCAAAGAAACCCCCCCUGAGCAGGAAAGCAAAGUCCUCCUCCUGACUGAGAAUGGGGAGCAGGCCUACACUGUCAACCACGAAACCAGCCACCCGCCACCCACCAAGGUCUUUGUCUGUGACCAGCCAGAGAGCACAAGGGGAUUCUGCCGGGGUGGCAUGUCCAGCCGCUCGCUGUCCUCCGAAAGCUCCACUGAUUUCAUGCAGCAGUUCAUCGACCAAGUCCUCCAGGGGAGCCCAGGGAAGUUGAGUAGCACCAGUGAGCCAGCUCCGGAAUCUUCCAUCUUGUCCACCAGAAAGGAUGGCCGGAGGUCCAACUCUUUGCCAAUCAAGAAAACUGUCCACUUUGAGGCUGACACCUAUAAAGACGCCUCCUGCAGCAAUGACCCCCUUUACGGUCCCGACCUCAGCUUUGAAGAGAGCCCGAGUGCCACCCAGGAGCCGCCGAAGCAGGACGAACAAGCCCCAUCCAUCCAAGUGGCCCAGGAAAAGAAGCCAACGCAGGAGCCCUCAGCUGUCCCGGGAGCAGCCUCCACCAGGGUCCCCGGGGACUUGCCAGGGGCAGACGAUCAUGCUCAACCCUCCCAGCAUCCCUCCUCCUGUAACGGUGCUGUCGAGGGUCCCCCUGGCCUCAGGGAGGAGGGUCAUUCUCCUCCCCACCCUGGAGAAAACACCAUCUUGGCCAGUGCCCAGGAGGUCAAGGUGACGCUGCUGACCGUGGAAGCUGCGGAUAAGGAGGACUAUUUUGAAGGCAUCCCCUUGAAAGCUUCGAAAUUUAACAGCGACCUCGUCGAUUUCGCGUCCACCAGCCAGGUUUUCCCUGAGGCCCCUUUGCCCCAGGAGAAGACGCCCGCCGAGGAGGUGGCCGCUGACACUCCUGCUGAAAAGCUAGGCAAGAAGAGGGGCAAGUCCGCCCACACCGGGAGGGAGUCGCCCGAGCCCCAGCUCAAGCGUGACAGGCAGGAGCCUCCCAAGGGCUCCGAGCAGGAGGCACGAGUCUCCUCUUUGGCCCCGGAUGAGGCACCUGUGGAUAAAAAGCCAGAGGUGUAUGAGAAGGCCAAGAGAAAGUCCACCCGGAGUCUCGAGGAGGAAGAGGGGGAAGCCGAAGGCCUCCCGGGGGUUGUGGAGGAAUUGCCUUCCAACCCCCCGAGUGGCAGUGUCAGCCUGGAGACCCUCAGGAGCCACAGCGAAGAAGGCCUGGAUUUCAAGCCCUCCCCGCCCCUCUCCAAGAUUUCCGUCAUUCCCCACGACCUUUUCUACUACCCGCAUUACGAGGUGCCGCUGGCCGCGGUUCUGGAGGCCUAUGCGGAAGGCACGGAGGAUUUGAAAAGCGAAGAUGUGGACCUGGAGGAGCCGGAGGGCUACCCCCACGAGCUGGACCCCAGGAACAGGGAGGCCGCCAGCGCCCAGAGCAGCUGCAGCCUCUCCACGCUGGUUGGGGUCCUCCCCAGUGCCAGCACCCAUGCGUCCUAUGUCAACGGGAACGCCGCAGGGGCCAUGCCAGCUGCAGAACCCAGUCCCCUAUCCCCCAACAAGGACCACCAGCCAAGAGAGACCAAAGAGAGUGGCCCUGAGGAGAGCCCUCAGUCCCAAGGAUCCCCACGCCCAGAAAAUACAGCGAACCCGUUAGAAGUAAAGGUCCAGGAAGAGCCAACCAGCAGUAAGAAGAAGGAGAAAAGGAAGCACGUGGACCCUGACGAAGGCUCGUUAUUUAUAGCACCUGGAACCGUUCGGUCCUCAGAGGACCUAGAAGAAGACGCCGGUGACCACAAAGUCCCUUCCAGGACUAGUCACAGUGACUCCAGUAUUUACAUUCGACGCCAUACUAAUAGGUCUUUGGAAUCGGAUCAUUUUAGCUAUGUUCAAUUGAGGAAUGCAGCAGAUCUGGAUGACAGAAGAAACCGAAUGUUAACCAGGUACAAUACUCAGAAGCUCACUGAGCUGAUUUUACAGUUUUAUGGCAUCAGAGCAGACAUGAAGAGGGAAUGCAAACAUGCCGGGAUGUCCAUGAAAGCCAAAAAUUCUGGAGAAGCCAUGUCCCUGGGCAGCCAGAGCCCACAGAGUGACUCCCUGACCCAGUUUGUGCAGCAGCCGGAUGUGAUGUAUUUUAUUCUCUUUCUCUGGCUCCUGGUCUACUGCCUCCUGCUCUUCCCGCAGCUGGAUGUCAACAGGCUCUGAUGUGUGUGUCUGGAGAAUAAAAAAGACAGGCCCCUGACCAGGGUGGGGUCUUUUUACUUAAUUUUGUUUUGUGUUGGGGGUGGGGGCCGCUUCUGCAGGUGGUGGAAGACCUGGGGGAGCCCAGGCCCCGCCCCCUGCUGUCCUGCUUUGCUCCUGUCCUUUCCCCUCCUUGGGGCCUGAGAGAGCACCUUUCCCCUUUGGCUGUGUGCUCAGAACUCAGGUGGCAGCCGCCUCCCUGGUGAGUCUUGUCCUUGUGCCUUGCUUGAUCAGAUGGUAAGCAUCGUCACCCAUAUUCAGCCAACACCUGGAUCUCGGCUCUCAUGCAUGCAGGUUUCUCAGGUCCUGGAUGAACUCUAGUUACUUACCUCUCGGAUGAAGGUCUGCCUGAUGAGGAGGAGCGUGGGUCCCCUGGGGACCUUACCUGGAAGAACUUUCCUCCAAGUGCAGGUGUCUGGGUGAAGAUGCAGGUCUGUGCACCUGCUGCAGUCUGGUGACUGGUUGCAUUCUUUGGAGGAACCAAGCAGCACCAAGCCGCUGGCUCCCAGAAAGGGCACAGGGAAUGGCAGAAUCAAGGAAGAAGACCAAGGCUCUGUUGAGAGCCACAGCUCUUGCAUUUCUCACCCUGGUUUUCUUGAAGGGUUGGAGGAGUGAGAUGCAUUUUUUUUUCCUGGUACUGGGGAUUGAAUCUGAGGGCACUCUGCUGCUGAGCCACACCCCCAUUCCUUUUUAUUUUUUUGAGACAGGGUCUUGUGAAGUUGCUGAGGCUGGCCUCCAACUUGUGUUCCUCCUGCCUCAGCCUCUGAGUUGCUGGGAUUUCAGUUGAAUGUCACCAUACCCAGUUGAGAUGUAUUUUUAAUUUGCUUUUGCAUUGAUUGGUUGGAGUUAGAACUGUGACUUUUCAAAUGAAAAAUCAUAUUUUCUGCCAAGUGAAACCUAAGAGGGGCCAAUCUAGACAACGUAUUCAAAACGGAGCUCUAGCUGGCUCCCAGCAGGCGGAGACCCCACUCCCACUUUGCUGAUCUUGUGUGAGACCUCGGGGCCCAGCUGGGCACUGUGAAAGGUCCUGAGGAGCUUGGAGGUGGCCAGGCUAAGAACAAGUGCCCACUGUGCUGCUUAAGAAUGCUUUGGGGCUUGCUGGCCUCAGAAUACCUGCUGUGGCCUUGGCACCGCUUGCCAGCCAUCAAAAUGGGUUUCUUGAAAAGUCUUUCUGGAAAGCUCCAGAGCCAUGAUGGAGUAGAGCAAAGCAGGUGGGCUGUAAGAAAAGACAAAGGCGCUUCUCCCACCCUCCCAUCAUAUCAGCCUGGUCCUGCUAAGACUCAGGUCAGUGAAGGCUGUUUAAGUUUCCUCUUGUCUCUGCCCUCCCCCUCAAGAGCACGCAAAGUUAUGAACUCUUCCUUCCAAAGUUAUGAACUCUUCCUUCCAAAGUUAUGAACUCUUCCUUCCAAAGUUAUGAACUCUACUCAGCAAAGGCUCAGGGAGCAGUUUGUCCAGCUGAACCCAGAGAGGCACAGAUGUUGGCCAAGCUCACACAGCCCACCAGGAAUAGACUUGUCAUGAGCACCCUGAUGCCCAGUCCAGAGCUGUUCCUUUUUGUAGGAAACUUCUACUGUGCACACGAAUGUCCUGGUAAAAUGACUAGGGAAAAAAUGUUCUCAUUCAAGCAAAACCAAAUAUUUGGGCACCUAUCAAACUUUGUUAUCUUUUAAAAAAUAUUUUCAACUUCUUUUUGUUGUCUUUUCCAUGAGGAAGCUUUGUUUACCUUCAAGCCCAACCCCCAUACCUUCUGGAACAUUCUUCACACCUGUCAAGGCGUGUCAUUUGACAUACCAGCCUUGCUUUUACUCGGGGAAUCCCAUUCCUUCCUAGCAGUCCAGGGACUCUCUUCUUUCGAGCAGCAGGUCUCAGAUACAGAGUUCCAGCAAAACUGAAAGAAUUUACACAGCAUGGUGGAGCCCCUAAGGCCGAAACUCGGCCUCUGUGCCAUUCUGCCUCCCUUCCCCCCAAAGAAUCUCAGCCUUCCAGGCAAAAGCUCUCGGAGCUUGGAGUGUCUCCAUCUUGAAGGCCAGGAGCCCGUAGAAAAUGAGCUAAUUAAUGAGCUUCCUGGCAUCAUCAGAAGUUCAGAGGUACGCAUAAUGAAGAUUACGUGUGUGAUAUUUUAUAACCCGGGGCACCUGGACGUCUCUGCCCAUAUUAAAUGCCAAAGAAGAGCUGACCCAAAUGUGAAUCAUUUUGCUUCACAGCUCUAGGCCUUGUUCAGAAGCUCUCUGCAGGCUCCCUCCCUCACCUCCUCUUUGAAUGUUCUUUAAAACAUCUAGUGGCAAGAUGCCCAAAACUCAUUUGGCUCAGGUUGGCAGUAAACUGAUUUUUUAAAGGAUAAAAAAUUCAUUUGAGUAUAGGCUUAUAUGGAAGAAGGUGGUUAUAACAGGCUGCUGGACAAGCCACCCCAUUCCUUGGAGUGUUUUUUAAUUAAAAAAAAAAAAAAGGACUAUCAGGUUUUUAAUGAGAACUAGCAGUUUCCUACGUUCUAGGCAACUUGCUCCUAGAAGUAACCAUUUUGAACACUUUGAGCUGUUCUUCUAAUAUUUACCUUUGCACUUCUACAUAACAUGCUUACCCUUUAUUCUUUUAAUUUACUUAGAAACAUCUACUGACCUGCUAAUACUGCAGAUGGAGGGGACACUCAUGCCCAGACCCCAUAGUUAGAUCAUGUUCUUUGGUGCAUCCAGCAUUGACACUGCCAUGGGCUUGUCAGGGAUGUUCACUCCUGAGCCACGUGGUCACUUCAGGCACAUGGCUUUCCUAGUCACACUUCCUCCUAGAUUCAUAUCCUCUCUCUGCCCUGCCCCACCCUCCCUCCCUGUCUCUCUUUGGAGUGUCAUUCUUCAGUAACCCGAGAACAGGAACAUGGAAAGUAUAUUGUUGCAAAUAUUUUGAGAUUUUUUUUUGCAUGACUUAAAAUGCAAAAUGCAUUUGUGCAAAUGUGGCUGAGCAGAGAACUGCAGGUACAAAAUACACCCCGCCUCGCCACCUGUGGUUGUUGACCUCUGUGAUGCCAUUUGGACUCCCGUGUGACUUGGUUUUCUCCUCUCCCUGGAAACACUGAAGAAUGCUUUGUUCUUGGUGUCCUGAACUGUCAUGAUGGUGUCACAUCUUUGCUGUUAUACUUUGUGCUGAGCCCUAAGAGAAAGUUCUUAAAUUUUCUUGAAAUUAUUUACAUUCUUUCGUUCUGAUCUGUCAUUCCAAUAUAGGACCGCUCCAACUAAUCUUCUAAUGUUUUUACCUUUUUAAUUUCUCAUCUCUAUUUUUUGAUUUGCUUUCUGGAAAAUAUAUUCAAUUUUAUGUUGAUUUCCAAAACUGUUCAUUGUUCUGGGUUUUGUUUUGUAGUGUUUUGUUCUUGAUUCAGGAAUGCAGAUCCUAUUGCCCUGUGGAUGUUAUGAUAAUAGGUUCUUUUUGUUGGUGUUGUUUUGUUUUGUACUGGGGAUUGAAUCCAGGGGCACUUUACCACUGAGUUAUAUCCCCAAAAUUUUUUUUUUUUUUUUUUUUUUGAGACAGAGUCUCCUAAGUUCCUGAGGCUGGCCUUGAACUUGUGAUCCUCCUGCCUCAGCUUCCUGAGUUGCUGAGAUGACAGGUGUGUGCCACCACGCCCGGCCAAUAAUAGUGCUUGGGAGGAAGUUCUUUUCUGCUCCCUGUAUUGCUUUGGCUUCCUCUAAGUUUCCUUCCUCUUGUUUUGGUCUCUGUCUUUAUCUUUCAUGUUCCAAGUUUUUCUCUAGUAUCUGGUGAUUCUGUGGAUCUAUCUGUUCAUGUUUAAAAGUGGAUGCUCAGGAAGCUGUUUGGAAGCUGUGUGUCAACGAGUGGGUUUUCUCUAGUCCACGAGGACUGGACUUGUCUUUGGAGAAUCCUGCAUCAGUAUUUGCACGUCCUUUCUCUGCGGCCUUAUCCAUUUCUUUAGAGAGCUUUUCACUCUUCCUCUGCCUGGGAAGAGGGACUCACACACGGGGCUGCUAUUAGUCCAUGAAAUGCCCUUGUGCAGUUUUAAAAACAGGUGUCCCUCUGGGCAGAAACUACUUAGCCUGCCUGGCAGAGCCUACCCUUCAUCCCUUUCUCUGGGAGGGUGCAGCCAUGAGGUAGGGCAAAGCUUAAGGGAGAGCACAAGGUGGACUUCAACUCCUGCUUGCCCCCCCCCCGGCCUGGGUGUCUGUUCGGUGCCACAACUGUAAGGCCAUCUGCACCCAAGACCCAUUGUGGUGCUGGAGUUCUGGCCCAGCAGGUGGUCUCAAGGCCAGUCAGUGGCUAGUCCACUAAGUUGCUCCCACCUUUGCUGUGUGUGGUGUCCCUGGGUUGGAGCUUCUCUUAUUUCUCCACGGUGUAGGAGCAGAGGGGACAUCUGGCUGCAUGGGAGGGACAGGAGGCCUGGAAGUCCAUAAAUGUGCCUCUCUCCAACCCUGUGUCUCGCCCCCACCUUUCCUGGAUGCCGCAUGCGGUGGCUCAGUGGCCUCCCCCUAUAGGCACCUGGUAAUACCCCUCCGCCCUCCUCACUUCCCAUCAGCUCUGCCCCUGCUGUGGAUGGAUUGGCGUCCAGGGCCUGCGGCUGCCUUCUCCCACCCUGGAUCUUCAUGGCUGUGCAGCUGUCUUUCCUUGGCUCUUAUUUCUGUAGAGAUUCAUGAUAGAAGAAGUGAGCCCUGUGCUCCGUACACUGUCUUGAUCUGCAAACCCCUUUGAGUUUCCAAUGGUUGACUUGGUGGCUCGCUGCUCUUCCAGCUGCUCUGUACCUUUCUGCGUCUCCCUGAGGCCAUAACAACAUCUGGGUUGCUGAUCUGUGCGAUGCCCAGUAGAGGAGAGGGUGAGCUGACCCUCCGGUUCUGCUCAAGGCUGCCAUUCAGGUGGCUCUGUCUUCCCCUUCCUUCCUCUGUUUCUGUCACUCGGCCCCAGUGAACCACCCUAGAUCUCCGCAUCUCACAAGGCCAGGCUGUGGGGUGGUGUUUCCAGGUUUUCUGGAAGUAGACCACGCUGGUGUUUGCCAACGAACAAACAGGGUCCUCUGCGGGCUGGAGUGUGGAACAUGAGCCGGAUUUCCUCAUAGGAGUGUGCGCCACAGCUGGUGAUCACAGAGCUGUUGGGGACAGCCUGGCCACACCUGAUCUCUCUGGUCAGAUGAGCUUCCCCCAGAGGUUAGCCCCAGUAAGUACACCCUCAUGGCUCCAUGAGCUGCCACCCAGGACAUGGCUUCCCUGCUCCUGGGGUUCAGCAUACUUCCCCGACCCCCCUCCUGAGGCGGCUCCCUUGCCCUUCACAAGGGUGACAUACGUGGGACAGCCACAGGGGUCACGUGAGGGCUCAGCACCUCCUAUAAGGAAUGAGGAGGCUGUGAUGGGAGGAUUGCAGGAGCCCGAGCUCAAGAUCAGUCUGGGCAACACAGUGAGACCCCAUUACAAAAAUAAAUAAAACUAAAGAUCAACUCAUCACCCUGCUAACUAGUGACUCUGGGAUGACCAUUUGCAUUUCCAAUUAAGUUUUCUACAAACUUUUAGCCUCCAACAGAAGCCAGAGUAAAUGAGUAGAGACGGUGUCCUUCUGGGUGUCAGAAGCAGUCACGGAUGCUUUGGAGAGGAAACUUCUUUCUGUGAUUCUAUCCUCAGAGUGACGUGAAGUCUUUCACACCAGCUUAGUUUUCCCAGCGCUCCAGCCGGGCUCCAGAGCCUGCUGGAGCAUUGAGACCUGACCCUCUCUCCUUCCUGCUGGAGAGACUGCCCUGGGUCUGCACCAAAUGGCCCACCUGGACUCUUCCAUGGAGCUCCACACCCUGAAGUCCCAGAAAAGGGUUUUGCCGGAGCUUCAAAAGCUUCUCGGCAGCAGUUUUUCCAGGAACAAGGGUGUGCGGGUCUCUGCAGGGCCCGGCGUGUUCUCUUCCCCAGCCCUACACGGUCCCUGCUGACACCCCAUUUAGGGAAGGUAGAGCAUCCCCGGGCUACAGCUGCAGUUUGCAUCUGCCACCAGCCCAACCAGCAGUGUGGGGGCUGCUCUAAGGACAAGGCCCAGGACCUAGGAUGGGCGGUAGAAGUUGGGAGUUGGUGCUGGUGGAAUCUUGUUUAUUUGCUAAAAACUGCCACAGCGUGUUUCCCUUACCCAGUUGGCCACAGUGGAGGAGUAGAAAGGAGACAUGGCCUCGCUGGUGCUCUGGGGAGCUUGAGGGGCCUUUGUGCCCCUGCCUCUCUCCAGGCUUCCCCCAGGUGGUGGAAGUGAGCCCACGGCUGAGGACCCUGGGCUUCGCAGGAGUUGCCUGGGGCCCCUCUACUUCCCUGGCAUGCGGGCCCCAGUGAGCACCAGCCCUCCUGGCCCUGGUUUGUAAGAGCCCCUCAGUGGCCUUGGCCUUUGGUGGCCUUGGCCUUGCCGUUCUCCCUGGCUGUGUAAAGGACAGGGCUUGUGGUGAGCUGGGCGUGGCCUCGGAGGCUGAGCUCCUGGUUCUCAGGGAGUUGGCAGAAGUUACCAGAGCCCUUGAGCUGCCUUUCCAGGGUUGGAAGCCUCUGCAGUGCCGAGAAGGCUGACUUGGUUGUGUUCAGAGCCUGUUCUGAGGUUCUUGCUCAAAACACCAGGCAAACAGUUCUGCCCAGCCCCGACCAUAGCAGCCGUGCACCAGGAAACACUCUCAUCAGGGAAAAAGACAACCAGUAUUUUGUGCUCGCUGGUCAAGCUGUUUUUAAAUACACACAGGCCUCCACACCCGCAGCCUGAUGCUGCUGCUAACCUGUUUAACUCUUUGACAUGCUCAUGUCCUAUCUAGCUUCAGCUAACCAGGCCGUCCUUAAAUGAACCUUUUCUUGUUUUUUUUUCUACCCGUCCUUUCUUCCUUCCCUGGGAGGCACAUACAAUAGGGAAAGUGGGCAUAUUGGGAAGUCAACCAGAUCUAGAUCUGUGUCCUCGCUGUCACCCGAUGCCUGGGUGACCUCGGGCAGAUUGACCGCUGAGCUGGUUGGCAGUGUAGGCCCUCAGCACACAUUUCUCAAAGAACAAAUACCUUCCUUGCGAGCUAUAAAAAAUAUAUAUAAAGUUGCAGCCUGCUCAGUAGCUGCCAGUUCCCCAUUUCCCUCCUCUCCAAGCGCUGGCUACAUCUGCUUGCCAACAUUCCGUUACCCAAGGCUUCUGUCCAUCUCUCUCCAGUUCACCGCCCUAUUGCUGGCUGCCCUGCUCCUCAUCCAGCUGAGGAAGUUGAAGCCAUUGUGUAUUCAUUGAUGGGAACCUCCCAACAAUCAUGGGAGGAAACUAAAGCACAGGCCGGAAGAAUAAUAAGGUCACAUCCUGGAGCUAGUAAGUCGCAGAACCAGGAAUGUAGGGCUUAUUUUCAGACAUUAAUGUUCACAGUUAACAUCACUGCUUAGGAAAGAAAGCGAUCCCCCUAAUGAAGUUCUGAUCCUUUGUGACACUGGCCUAGUUGGACCAGUGUUGGAUGGACAUCCUCUGUACUGGGAAGGUGGACAUGUGUAGAAAUCACACUGCUGUUUCCUUCCUUGAAGCCUUCUCCCCAGUCCCCAGGUUUUCACACUGGGACUCCCAAACCCAACUGCUUAAAUCUCUCCUUCAGAAAUUCAUUGUUUGGCCUACAGCUGCAAAUUUGCAACCAAAAUUUCUGCCUCUGAACAGCCUUUACCAAUGAAGUCUCAGUCUCUAGUAUCAAACACAGUUCAUCAGUGACUUGAGUUUAAUGGUACCUCCUGUCCCUAAUGGUUCCUCUCUCCCGCACAUGAUUUUCAGAGUUGAAACGAGGUUUUCUCCUUUGAAAAUCCAAGCAGAAAAGGCACAGGUGGAGCAUAAUUUAAAAUGGUGGCUGAAGACCAUGAGUGACUUAAAUGAAGUCAUAAUUGGUUGGGGUCUCAGAUAGGGAUCAUUUUUUUAAGUUUAAAAGUCAUGAUUUUUGCAUUGUUAUCAAAAAAAAGAUGCCAUUUGAUAGGUUUAUGCUAUUUGUCACUGCUUCUUCUAGUUGCAUCAAAAGUCAAUAGCACAUUAUCUGUAAGACCAUGCUGUGAGGAACGAUAGCCACAGGACACUGGUAUUCCUAAAUGUCUUGCAACAGUCGAGAUACUUUUGAAAGGAAUCUGAGGGAGCCUGCAGUCUAGAGAGCUGACAUUGCCCAAAGUGAGACAUCCUUGGCCCGGGCUUCAGCGACCCACAUCCUAGUCAGGGCUCACCUGCAGACACCCUGGAUAUUCCCUGACCUCUCUAGGUUAGAUAUUGGAAGACUUCUUAUAAAAAGUUCUUUCUAGGUUUAAAAAUCCAAAGGUUGGCAAGAUAGUUCAUUGUGUUUAUUUCUGUGUUGAUCUCAACAAGUGGCCUAGGUGCUGGAAAUGUGCACUUCUGUAUAUAAGUGAACGCCAAAGCUCGGAGCAUUGCUUCCUGUUCGUAUCUGACAAAGGGUGCCUUAGGGAAGAGUUUGCAAUAGCAGAAGGUCAUCUGGUAGAAGGUUUGGGAUGAAAGUUUGGAGUAGAACCUGGGGACCUGCUUCCUUGGGCUCCCAGAACUAAUUUGGUCUCCUUAAGUUAAAAUAGCAGCUGACGCGGUUUCCCAGGGGAUUUCUUUUAAAUUAAAAAAUUCAGCUGCAGAAAUAAAUAGCUGUACCCAACCGGACCUUUCCACUUUUGGCCUCUGUCCUCUUUUUCUAGUAGUGACUCAAAAAGGCUCAAUUUCUGCUCAGAGUCAGAGCUGUUUGCAUUUGAGAUCCCUCAAGCCUGGGCUGGCCUGUGGAGGGAGCAGCUGUCUGUGUCAAGACCCCUGCUCUUUGCCCUUGAGAUUGGACCAAGAUGCUGCCUGUUAUCACUUGCUCUGGCCAGCCCUACUGUACACUGUUGGACCAGGUUAAACCUGGAGAUGGGUUUCUUCAGAGCUAUUAUCCUGGAGGUUAACAGGUAUUUCGUUUGGGGGGAAUCUGUGAUAUAUUUAGCAGAUUUCAUGUUUCUUUAAUGAUAUGGCAGGACUUCACUGUGUCUGAAAACUUUUACUGAGAGCUUCAGGAGAAAUAUGGAGGAAAAAAAGUGAAAUGUUAUUUUGUAGUACAAGGAUUAUUUUGUCUAUUUAGAGUAUAUAUAUGGCUGUAGCUUUGUAAAAAAAAGGGAUCUUUGAUUAAAAAAUUGUAUGAAUGUGCACUCUUAUUUAUUGAUUAUUGUAAAUUAAGAUAUAAAUGGCUAUUUGCAUAAUUUAUCCCUGUGGGAAAUUAACUGGAGUAUUUGUUAUUUGACAGUUUUCUAUCAAGGAAUAUAGGCUUGGUGCUACAAUGAAUGAUCUUGUGAAAUUUCAUGUAUUCUUAUGAAAAUUUUUGGAUAUAAAUUUCUUGAAAUGAC